CGCCCCCUCAUAGCAAUGGGUGGCAUUCUCCACCUGGUCGAGGAUCGGCCUACGCCGAAAGCUGUUUACAACUGGCGAGUGUAUGCAUUGGCUGCCAUUGCAUCAUGCGGUUCUCAAAUGAUCGGGUACACCAGUGGUUUCAUCGGCACGACCAUCACAUUGGACUCUUUCAUGACCGAGUUUGGCCUGGACAAGAAGACUAGCUCCGAGAGAGACUUGAUCAGCGAAAACAUUGUCUCUCUCUUCAUUGCUGGUGCUUUCUUCGGAGCUCUGCUCACCUAUGGUAUCUCGUACUAUGGGGGACGCAAGUGGAGUUUGACCAUCGCUUCGGCUGUCUUCGUUCUCGGAGCGGGUUUGCAGUUGGGAGCCAACAGUUCAACCGGUCUCGGCAUGCUUUAUGCGGGCCGUGUGUUGGCCGGUCUCGGCACCGGAGUUGCCUCCAAUAUUGUCCCGAUGUACCUGUCCGAGCUAGCCCCUCCCGCCAUUCGUGGUCGUCUUGUUGGUUUGUAUGAACUUGGCUGGCAAGUUGGUGGCAUGGUCGGUUUCUGGAUCAACUAUGGUGUUGAGCAAACCAUUCCUGCCAGCCACAAGCAAUGGGUCAUUCCGUUCGCUAUUCAGAUUAUUCCAUCAGGAAUGCUUUUCCUCGGCUCUCUGUGGAUGAAGGAAUCUCCCCGUUGGCUGUUUACCAAGGGCCGCCGCGAGCAGGCCAUUGCGAACCUGUGCUGGGUCCGUCAGUUGGAGCCCACUGAUAUCUAUAUCACCGAGGAAAUCGCUGCUAUGGAUCAGAGUCUCGAGGAGCAAAAGGCCACCAUUGGUGUCGGUUUCUGGAAGCCCUUCCAGGCUCUCGGUCAAGCCAAGAACCUGCAGUAUCGCCUGUUCCUGGGAUGCAUGCUCUUCUUCUGGCAGAACGGCUCUGGAAUUAACGCAAUUAAUUACUAUAGCCCGACCAUUUUCGAAAGCAUUGGUGUUCAGGGCAACACGAAGGGAAUUUUGAACGGUAUCUUUGGUGUCGUCAAGGCUGUCAUCACCAUCGUCUGGCUGCUUUUCCUGGUUGACCAGCUCGGUCGUCGCAAGCUGCUGCUUAUCGGUGCGGUUUGUGGCUCAGUCUGCAUGUGGAUCAUUGGCGCGUACAUCUGCGUGGUGGAGCCUACCAAGCAUCCCCAAGACCACCUCAACAGCGGUGGUAUCGCGGCUAUCUUCUUUUUCUACCUCUGGACAGCCGUCUAUACACCUACUUGGAACGGUACUCCGUGGGUCAUCAACGCGGAGUUCUUCCACCCCAACAUCCGUUCCGUGGCGCAGGCCGCCACCACUGCCAGUAACUGGCUUUUCAACUUCCUGGUCUCUCGGUUCACGGAGCAGAUGUUCGAGAAGAUGGGAUACGGCGUGUACUUCUUCUUUGCCUCCCUGUCGUUCCUGGCAUUCUUCUUCGCUUUCUUCCUCAUUCCGGAGACCAGUGGUAUCCCGCUGGAGGUUACCGAUCAGCUGUUCAAGAUCAAGCCGAUCUGGCGGGCCCACUCCAUCCUCAAGGAGCAGCUCAAGGAAGAGGAGGAGCGCUUUCGUGCGGAGAUCAAGGAUGGCAUGUUUGACAAGCCCGAGCCCCAGGAGCACCUGGAGAACACGAAAGCCGCAUGAUGAUGGAGUUUGUCGAUUAGCCCGUUUUGCUUUGAUUUCGGUUUUUACACCUAGACGGAUUGUAUAUAUGUGAACGAUAGAUCAUAGACCUGGAUAUAUAUUAUUUUUUCUCUUUUUGGACAUCUGCAUCUGUUGGUAGUGAAGUGGUUGAGUUGGAUCAACAAAAUACCCAGUUAAACGAGUGACAUCAAAAAUGACUUAGCCUCUUUUAUCUCAACGCACUUGAGUUGUUUUCUUUUCCCUCCUUCGAACCUGUCCGAAAU